AAAUAUUAGCUAACGAGCCCGUCGUAUAAGCAAUACACACUGCCGAAUGCGCGGAUGCGGUAAGUAUAACACGAUGCCAGGCACACAGAUUUGACCAAAGGUGUAGGCCAUUCAUGUGGGGGCGAAGGACUUGCUAGGAUUUACUUUUCCGGGACCUUAGAGGUCACGCUAUCCUAAGAGCUUACACCUUACAUGACUCAAACCUUAGACCUCGCACUCCUUGAAACACAGGCAUUUUGAUGUGCUGAGGCACUUCGUCUUCCCCAAAUCACACGAGUCAUCAGUUUUCAUUAGCAUCACCUCACAGCCAUCAUCUCCUCUUGCAACCUGACGCUCGUUAAAUUUCUGCUUUCGGUGGACAACACUGUCAAUGGUGCAAAAGGCAGUGGUCAGCUUUUCUUCCCGAGCAGCGCCACAUUUGGAACCUUUUCUCCUUUUAACUUCUUUCAAGACAUUAUUAAGUGCCACUGUUUGUCUCCAGUCCAAGACCUGAACUGACCCAAAGACCCACCUUUCUCUCAUCAUCAUUCGUUCAGGAUCAUGAGAUUUACGACACUUAAAAGAAGAAGAUGGAUCGUGAGGACAGCAAUCAUCAUUGCCAGUCUGUUGUGUUGUUCUUCUGCUAGAGACAACAUGACACUUGGCGGUCCACUUAGUGAUGAACACGGAGACACUCUCGUUUCUGAUGGAGAGACCUUUCAACUUGGCUUCUUCAGCCCCAAUGGAAGCUCAGGCUCUGAUCACAGAAGGUACCUCGGAAUAUGGUAUUACGAGUCCAACCCACGGACCGUAGUUUGGGUUGCUAACAGAGACCACCCUGUGUUGGAUGUGAGUGGAGUUUUGACCCUGGCACAAGAUGGUAACCUCAAAGUGUUGGACAAAACUGGAAAAUCUUACUGGGCAACAAAUCUUGAAGAAUCAUCACGUCUUGCAUUGAAAGUUCAGCUACAGGACACAGGUAAUUUAGUCGUGGCCGGACGAGGAGAGAGUGGAGAGCCAGAGUCUCACUUGGGGAUGAGGAUUCUGUGGCAGAGCUUUGAUUACCCGACCGACACGUUCCUUCCGGGGAUGAAGAUGGAUGAGAACAUGACCCUCACUUCGUGGCGAAGCUACGACGACCCGUCGCCAGGGAACUACACUUUUCAGCUGGAUCAAGAUGGGCAGUACCAGUUUGUGGUCUGGAGGAGAUCUAUCCGGUAUUGGAAAAGCGGAGUCUCGGGGAAGUUCAUCACCUCGGACGACAUGCCAUACUCGAUCUCAUACUUCUUGUCCAACUUCACGACCAGCAUAGACAACAACGCUUCCAUCCCAUACCUCACAUCGUCGAUGUACAGCGAUACGAGGCUGAUCAUGAGUGUUUCGGGCCAAGUUCAGUACUUAAAGCGCGACACGGAAAAGGUCUGGGCUUUCAUUUGGGCGGAGCCGAGGGACAGAUGCAGUGUGUAUAACAUGUGUGGGGAUUUCGGAAGCUGCAACAGUGAUGCCGAUGUGGCGUGCAAGUGCUUGCCGGGUUUUGAUCCAAGCUCACCGGACUUGUGGAAUUCAGGGGACUUUUCUGGCGGGUGCAUUAGGAAGUCGAUAUUGUGCAGCAAGAGCGCCGGGAGCGAGACAUUCCUCAGUUUCAAGGCGAUGAAAGUGGGAAAGCCGGACUCAGAAUUCGUGGCUGCAGACGAAAUGGAGUGCAAGAAAGAGUGCCUUAAUAAUUGCCAGUGCCAGGCUUACUCAUUUGAAGAAGGCGAAUCUGCUGCGGCACAUGGAGGUUCAGGUGGUGGGCUCUGCUGGAUUUGGUCAGAGAAUCUUAAUAAUCUUCAGGACGGUUAUGAUGAAGGCCGCGAUCUGUUCAUCCGUGUUGCAGUUUCUGAUAUAGAAUCUACAGCUAGAAAUUGUGAAAUUUGUGGAACAAACCUGGUUCCAUAUCCCCUCAGCACUGGAUCACAAUGCGGAGACCCCAUGUAUAGUAGUUUCUACUGCAACACAUCUACAGGAACAGUCGAUUUCAAAUUGCCUAAUGGCACCUACCAAGUGACACGAAUCAUCCCCGAAUCACGUAAAUUCCUUAUCAAAUUGAAACAAGCAGAUAGUUGCAAGGUCCUGGAAUUCAAUUGGUCUCUGCCUUUUCACUUGACAAGCUCGUGCGGUGGCAAAACAAGCAGUAAACCCAAAUCCUUAAUAGGAGGCAUAGACGAGAUAGAGAUUACUUGGGAUCCACCACCGGAGCCGACCUGCAUUACAUCCACAGACUGCACAGAUUGGCCCGAUUCAACUUGUAGCACAACAUUAGAUGGUAGGAGGUGUCUCUGCAAACCCAAUUUUCGGUGGAAUCCUCUAUCCCUUAAUUGUACUAGAGGUAACAAGCAUGGAAGUCUAUCGAGCAAAAAGCUGCCACCGUCUGUCAUCAUUUCCAUAACGUUCGCGUGUAUUCUUGUUCUGAUUGUUCUCUUAAGCACUGUUGCUUUUCUCUACAUACAUAGGAGAAACUCCGGCAAGAGAAAAGAGAACUGGACAAACAUAAGGAGAUAUUCUGCACGUCAACUAUAUGACAGCGAGAGACAAGUUAAAGAAUUGAUCGACUCGGGUCGGUUCAAAGAGAAUAGUACAAAUGGGAUUGAUGUUCCGUCUUAUGAUUUGGAGAGCAUACUAGCAGCUACCGAUAAUUUCUCAAAUAUAAACAAGCUAGGACAGGGAGGAUUUGGGCUUGUUUACAAGGGCAAAUUUCCUGGAGGACAAGUAUUGGCAGUGAAACGGCUCUCGAGUUUUUCUGGUCAGGGUUUCGAGGAGUUCAAAAACGAGGUUGUCUUGAUCGCCAAACUUCAACACCGGAAUCUCGUGAGGCUUUUGGGUUACUGUGUGGAAGAAGAUGAAAAGAUUUUGCUGUAUGAGUACAUGCCCAAUAAAAGCUUAGACUCCUUUAUAUUUGAUAGGACUUUAUGCGUGUCAUUGGAUUGGAACGCGCGUUUUAAGAUCAUACUCGGAAUUGCCCGGGGGCUUUUGUAUCUACACCAAGACUCUAGGUUGAGAAUCGUCCACAGGGACCUGAAAACGAGCAACAUCCUGCUGGACGAGGAGAUGAAUCCCAAAAUAUCCGACUUUGGAUUGGCGAGGAUAUUUGGAGUCAAAGAAACAUCAGUGAACACAGAGAGAGUAGUCGGAACUUACGGCUACAUGUCCCCAGAGUACGCACUGGACGGAUUCUUCUCAGAUAAGUCCGAUGUUUUCAGCUUUGGUGUUGUGGUACUCGAAGUGCUCAGCGGGAAAAGAAACACGGGAUUCUAUCAGGCUGAGCAAGGUUUGAGUCUCUUAGGCUAUGCAUGGCUGUUGUGGAAAGAAGAGAAGGCGCUGGAUUUGAUGGACCCGACACUCCGUAAAAGCUGCAACACGAACGAGUAUCUGAGGUGCGUCAACUUUGGGCUAUUAUGCGUACAAGAAGACCCGAACGAUCGCCCCACCAUGUCGAAUGCGGUGUUCAUGCUAGGCAACGAAACUGCUACUCUUCCGACCCCUAAGCAACCGGCUUUUGUCGUGAGACGAUGCCCCUCGAGUAGGGCAACCACGUCUAGCAAAUUGGAAAGCUGCUCUUUCAAUGGACUGACAGUUACUCUGGUGAACGGCCGGUAGCAGAAUGAGCGCGGGCCCUACUUUUUAGUUCGGUAUCGAAUUCAUGUGCAUUAGAAAUGAAUCUCAUCGAUGCAAUCAUUUGUUGGUUUGAAAAUGUGUUGAGGCAAUUUUGAUCUCUACGUUCAAUGCUUUUCUUGUGGAGAUGUACUGUACAAUGUAUAAUAUCAUUCAUUUGACUGGACGAAUCAGCUACAUGGCCAUAUCGUAUUGGUU